GUGGUUUUUUUAAUAGCGUUCUUUGAUGUUCAGGAAGAACUUUGAGAAGGUGGCAGUCUGUACGCUCCAGCCACCAUGUCUGGAAUUGGCAAUAAACGGACGGCUGGAGAGCCUGGCCCUUCUGCACCCCCAGAGAAGAAGGUGGGGGUUGAAGAUUCGGGGACCACAGUGGAGACCAUUAAGCUGGGUGGUGUUUCUUCAACGGAGGAGCUGGACAUCCGGACCCUGCAGGCCAAGAACCGGAAGCUGGCGGAGAUGCUGGACCAGCGGCAGGCCAUUGAGGAUGAGCUGCGGGAGCACAUUGAGAAGCUGGAGCGUCGGCAGGCCACUGAUGAUGCCUCUCUGCUGAUUAUCAAUCGCUACUGGAAUCAAUUUGAUGAAAAUAUCCGUAUCAUCCUUAAACGUUUUGACCUGGACCAAAGUGUUGGAGACCUUCUGACUGAAAGGAAAGCGCUAGUGGUACCGGAACCUGAACCAGACUCAGACAGCAAUCAGGAGCGCAAAGAUGAGAGGGAGCGAGGUGAAGGACUGGAGCCGGCAUUCUCCUUCCUAGCCACUCUAGCCAGCAGCACCAGUGAGGAGAUAGAGUCCCAGCUGCAGGAGCGCGUGGAGUCCUCCCGCCGUGCUGUUGCCCAGAUUGUGGCACUGUAUGACAAGCUGCAGGAGAAGGUGGAGUUGCUGUCCCACAAGCUGAAUAGUGGAGAUAUUUCAUUGAUGGAGGAAGCAGUCGUAGAGCUCAAUGCCUAUCUCUCACAUGAAAAUGGACGGCUGCAGGAGCUGGCUGAUGUUCUUCAGGAGAAGCACCGCAUCAUGUCUCAGGAGUACUCCAAGCUGCAAGAGAGAGUGGAGACAGCAGAAUCUCGGGUGUCUGUUCUGGAGACUAUGAUUGAUGACCUUCAGUGGGAUAUUGACAAGAUACGCAAGAGGGAGCAGAGGCUCAACCGGCACUUGGCAGAUGUUCUGGAACGAGUAAAUUCCAAAGGCUACAAGGUGUAUGGAGCUGGGAGCAGCCUCUAUGGGGGCACAAUCACCAUUAAUGCACGCAAGUUUGAGGAGAUGAAUGCAGAGCUGGAAGAGAAUAAAGAGCUUGCUGGGAAUCGCCUCAAUGAGUUGGAGGAACUGCGCCAGGAUCUUGAGGAAGUAACAACACAGAAUGAAAAACUCAAGGUUGAGCUGCGACGAACGGUGGAAGAGGCUGUGAAGGAGACCCCAGAAUAUCGUUGCAUGCAGUCCCAAUUUUCUGUUUUGUAUAAUGAGAGCCUCCAGCUGAAGGCACAUCUGGAUGAGGCCCGCACCCUGCUUCAUGGCACCCGCACCACACACCAGCGCCAGGUGGAACUAAUUGAGAGGGACGAGGUCAGCCUUCACAAGAAGCUGCGCACAGAGGUGAUUCAGCUAGAGGACACCCUGGCACAGGUCCGCAAAGAGUACGAGAUGCUGAGGAUAGAGUUUGAACAGACACUUGCUGCCAAUGAACAAGCGGGCCCAAUUAAUCGGGAGAUGCGUCACCUCAUCAGCAGCCUCCAAAAUCACAACCACCAGCUGAAGGGAGAGGUGUUGAGAUACAAGCGCAAACUGAGGGAGGCCCAGUCUGACUUGAGCAAGAUCCGUUCUCGCAGUGGUAGUGCUCUCUUACAGUCCCAGUCCAGCACUGAAGACACAAAGGAGGAACCUCCUGAGAUCAAGCAGGAGCCUGAUGAUCCUUCUGCCCAAGUGUCUGUCCCCAAGGCUGCUUCUGAAGAUAUUAAUGAAAUGAAGGCCAGGCGAGACGAAGAGGAACGGGAGCGAGAGAGACGGGAGAGGGAAAGGGAACGAGAGAAGGAAAAGGAGAAAGAGAGAGAGCGAGAGAAAGAAAAAGAGAAGGAAAAGGAACGAGAGCGGGAAAAGCAGAAGCAGAAGGAAUCUGAGAAGGAAAGAGAGUCCAAAGAGAAGGAGAAAGGGAAGCAUGAAGAUGGAAGAAAAAAGGAGGCUGAAGUAAUCAAGCAACUGAAAGCUGAGCUGAAGAAGGCCCAGGAGAGCCAGAAGGAGAUGAAGCUGUUGCUAGAUAUGUACCGCUCUGCCCCAAAAGAGCAGAGAGACAAAGUACAGCUGAUGGCAGCUGAGAAGAAGGCAAAAGCUGAGCUGGAAGAACUGAGGCAGAGGGUGAAAGACUUGGAAGAGAAGGAGAAAAAGGAGAGUAAAAAGAUGGCUGAUGAGGAUGCCCUCCGCAAGAUCCGAGCAGUGGAGGAACAAAUUGAGUAUUUACAGAAGAAACUAGCCAUGGCUAAGCAGGAGGAAGAGGCCCUGCUGUCAGAAAUGGACGUCACAGGCCAAGCCUUUGAGGACAUGCAGGAGCAGAACAUCCGCUUGAUGCAGCAGCUGCGAGAGAAGGAUGAUGCCAACUUCAAGCUGAUGUCAGAACGCAUCAAGUCCAACCAGAUCCACAAGCUGCUGAAAGAGGAGAAGGAGGAGCUGGCAGACCAAGUGUUGACACUGAAGACACAGGUGGAUGCCCAGCUGCAGGUUGUACGUAAGCUGGAGGAGAAGGAACACCUGCUGCAAAGCAGCAUUGGGACAGGUGAGAAGGAGCUGGGGCUCCGAACGCAGGCCCUGGAGAUGAACAAACGCAAGGCUAUGGAUGCAGCCCAGCUUGCAGAUGAUCUGAAAGCCCAGCUGGAGCUGGCUCAGAAGAAGUUACAUGACUUCCAGGACGAAAUUGUGGAAAACAGAGUAACUAGAGAGAAGGAGAUGUUCAACUUCAAAAGGGCUGAGGAAGAUAUUUCUAGGUUACGCAGGAAGCUGGAGACCACUAAGAAGCCUGACAUGGUUCCCAACUGUGAUGAGAUACUAAUGGAAGAAAUUAAGGAUUACAAGGCCCGGCUGACCUGCCCCUGCUGCAACAUGCGCAAGAAGGACGCUGUGCUCACAAAGUGCUUCCACGUCUUCUGCUUCGAGUGCGUGAAGACGCGCUACGACACCCGGCAGCGCAAGUGCCCCAAGUGCAACGCUGCCUUCGGUGCCAACGACUUCCACAGGAUCUACAUCGGCUGA